AACGACACAGUUUAGAGUGAGAAACAGAGAGAUGCGUAGAUUCUCAACCAUACUCGAUCUUUGCCUCAGCAGACGCCGUCUUCUCUUACCAUCUUCUCAAGCACAUUCGCGAAUCGAUCUCAUCACCAAAAGGUUUCACAUUUCCAGAGUUCUCAGACAUGACUCUGGAUUGGUUUCUCUAAAGAAUAACCAAUACGAAGGUAAGCACGAGGAUGAACUCGCUGGAGACGUCGAGAAAAUCUAUAGAAUAUUACGAAACUACCAUUCUAGGGUUCCGAAGUUGGAGCUUGCUCUCAACGAAUCAAGUAUCGAUCUUCAACCCGGGCUAAUCGUCCAAGUGCUGAAUCGUUGCGGCGAUGCUGGGAAUCUAGGUUACAGAUUCUUUAUCUGGGCAUCGAAGCAACCUGAUUAUCGCCACAGCUACCAAGUGUGCAAAUCGAUGGUGAAGAUUCUCAGUAAAAUGCGUCAAUUUGGAGCUGUCUGGGCUUUGCUCGAAGAGAUGAAGAACGAGAAUCCUCACUUGAUCGAGGCGGAGCUCUUCGUUGUACUGAUGCGGAGGUUUGCUUCAGCUAACAUGGCGAAGAAAGCAGUCGAGGUGCUCGACGAAAUGCCCAAGUACGGGAUUGAGCCUGAUGAGUUCGUUUUCGGAAGCUUGUUAGAUGCCUUGUGCAAGAACGGUAGUGUCAAGGAUGCCUCGAAGCUGUGUGAAGAUAUGAGAGAGAGGUUUCCUCCGAAUCUAAGGUGUUUCACUUCGUUGUUGUACGGUUGGUGUAGGGAAGGGAAGUUGAUUGAAGCUAAGAAUGUUUUGGUUCAGAUGAAGGAAGCAGGGCUUGAGCCUGACAUUGUUGUUUUCACUAACUUGCUUAGUGGCUAUGCUCACGCUGGUAAAAUGGCGGAUGCGUAUGAUCUUAUGAAGGAUAUGAGGAGGAGAGGGUUUGAGCCUAACGCGAAUUGUUAUACGGUUUUGAUCCAGGCGUUGUGUAAGAUGGAGAAGAGGAUGGAUGAGGCGAUGCGGGUUUUUGUUGAGAUGGAGAGGUAUGGAUGCGAGGCUGAUAUAGUGACUUACACUGCGUUGAUUAGUGGGUUUUGUAAGUGGGGGAUGAUUGAUAAGGGUUAUAGUGUUUUAGAUGAUAUGGGAAAGAAAGGAGUUGUGCCGUCGCAGGUAACGUAUAUGCAGAUAAUGGUGGCUCAUGAGAAGAAGGAACAGUUUGAGGAGUGUUUGGAGUUGAUUGAGAAGAUGAAGGAGAGAGGUUGUCAUCCUGAUCUUCUUAUCUACAAUGUAGUGAUCAGAUUGGCGUGUAAGUUAGGAGAAGUGAAAGAAGCGGUUAGGUUAUGGAAUGAAAUGGAAGCUACUAAUGGUUUAAGCCCUGGAGCUGAUACGUUUGUUAUUAUGAUCAACGGGUUUACAAGCCAAGGUUAUCUUGUUGAAGCAUGCGAUCACUUCAAAGAAAUGGUAAGCCGAGGGAUAUUCUCUGCGCCUCAGUAUGGAACGUUGAAGACACUGCUGAACACUCUUGUUAGAGAUGAUAGGGUGGAAAUAGCGAAAGAUGUUUGGAGUUGCAUAUCGAACAAAAGCUCUUCUUGUGAGCUGAAUGUAGCGGCGUGGACAAUAUGGAUCCAUGCUUUGUUGGCGAGAGGUCACGUGAAGGAGGCGUGUUCGUAUUGUCUGGAUAUGAUGGAGAUGGACUUGAUGCCGCAGCCUGAUACUUAUGUGAAGCUCAUGAAAGGGUUGAAUAAACUGUACAAUAGGACGAUCGCGGCAGAGAUAACAGAGAAGGUGAUGAAGAUGGCAAGUGAGAGAGAGAUGAGUUUUAAGAUGUAUAAGAGGAGAGGUGAGGAGGAUUUGAUAGAGAAAGCUAAACCUAAAGGGAGUAAAGAAGGGAAGAAGAAAGGAACAGGUGAUCGUCAUAAGCAUAAGUGGGGAGGUGAACGAAGUAGAGCUAAAGCAUUUCACAAGAGUAUCGUCGUUUGGAUCGGCUCUUUCUUGAUGUUGAGGACACUGUCUCUAGCUCGGGACCGUCUUAGGUCCAACGCGCAAGUAACGUCGUCUCCUUCUACCAUUCGUGUCCUCUCUUCUCCAUUUUCAUCGAAGCGGCAUGCGCCUAAGGCUACCGAAGAAGAAGCACCGGGUCUAAAAGAGUCCGUUCUGCUGUACCCGAAAGAUCCGUCGAGCACACCCAAGCUAUUCCUUGUCCAGCCUCGUCUAACUCCGCCUAAGUUUCUUCAGGCAAAGCUUAACGAAGCACUCUGCCUCGCGAACUCGCUUGAAGAACAGCGAUAUGGCUACUUCGAAUCUGAUUUCUUCGACAAGGAACUGCCUUCUCACGUUGUUGUCCAAAACCCUAUUGCCAGGUCGUCUAAACCUCGCGUAGAUACUUAUUUCGGGCGUGGGACUGUAGACAACAUCCAAUGCCAUCUUAAUGCUGAAGAUUCCAAGGAAGAAGUUGAUGCCGUUUUCAUUAACGCCAUUUUGUCAGCAAUUCAGCAACGGAACUUGGAGAGAAUAUGGGGAAAACCAGUACUAGAUCGUGUAGGCCUUAUUAUAGAAAUAUUCAACGCUCAUGCGCAUACCAAGGAAGCAAAACUCCAGGCUGAGUUAGCAGCUCUGAUGUACAAAAAGAGCAGGCUGGUUCGAGUUCGUGGCACUGAUGGACGUCAGACUUUUGGGCAGUUUGGGGAAGCUGAAGUUGUUAGUGCACGAGGGAGAGCGGCAAGUAAGGGAACUGGUUUCGUCGGUGGUGCAGGAGAAACUGAGCUUCAGCUCCAACGCCGAAGAAUAGCAGACCGGAGGCUUCGCUUGUUAUCCCAAAUCAAAGAAGCCCAACGAACACGGCUAUUGCAACGUGCUGCACGUAAGAGACAAAGUGGUCUAGAGGGUAAAAAUUUAGCCACCAUUGCUGUCGUUGGUUACACAAAUGCUGGAAAAUCGACAUUGACAAGUGCUUUAACAAGGACUGCUCUCUACUGCAAUGAGCGCUUGUUUGCAACUUUAGAUCCGACACUCAAGAAUGCCAUCCUUCCUUCUGGAAGGAAAGUGCUUUUUAGUGACACUGUUGGAUUCAUAUCGGAUCUGCCUAUACAGUUGGUGGAAGCAUUUCAGUCGACUCUGGAAGAAGUUGUAGAAGCUGAUUUACUUCUGCAUGUAGUUGAUUCAACAGCUCCAAAUAUCGAGGAGCAUCGUUCAACAGUCUUUCAUGUCCUUAAUCAAAUUGGAGUACCAGAAGAGAAGCUUAAGAAUAUGAUUGAAGUCUGGAAUAAAAUUGAUUAUGAAGAAGAAGAAGAAGAAGAAGAGGAAGACAUGCAUUAUCUAGAUGAUGCUAAGGGAGAAGAAGAAGAAGUAGAAGCUGAGUUAAGCGAAGAUUCAAUAGCUGAAGAAACUUCGGAAGCAUCUUCUGAAGCAACUGUCGAUGAAGACCAAAUCCAAAACCAAGAAGAUGACUCUGAUGAAUGGCUACUGUCUGAAGAUGAAAAUGUCAGCGACUCUGAGAUAUGGAAAGUUCCGGAAGAGGCUAAAGUAGAUGCUGCACAGAAGAGUGGACCUGAUGUCAGAGUUUCUGCAUUGACAGGAGUCGGUCUGAAGGAGUUGAUGUAUCUCAUUGAUGAAAAAUUGAGUGGUGAAGAUGAGAAGCGUAAGUCUGAGACAAUAGUCGAAAGGAACGAUUUUCAGAGCCGUAAAUGGAGACCAUCUUUUAAAGAUGACGAAGAGUUUGCCGCUGGACAAUAGUUUUGCCCUGCGUCUCAAAUUGUUCUGUGUUUUGCCUGGUUUCUACAAUACAAUGGAAACUAUAUAAUAGCAACUUUAUAAUACAAUAAAAAAAUACUAGUUAAUAUUUUUAUAAUAAAACAAAUUUAGUCCUAAA